AUGGCCAAAAAAAUAGCCACACGCCUGAUACUUAUUGCAGGGCUAUUGUCCGCGGUGAUUCUCGUCGCCAAAUUCCAAUCCUACCAUCUCGACCUGCAAUCGAGAUCUCUCUUUACGGACCAUUCCUCGGCUGGUCCAUAUCGGCAAUCACACAUUGAUGCCGGACAAUCUGACACGGCUUGUUCGGGCGCUCAUGACAGCCACUGUCGGGAUGGACAAGUUACAGACGAGGACCGGAGAAAUCCUGCAGUCGACAAAGACAUGUCUCGGACACACCAUAUGAUCUACUCAGUAUCAAGCCUUGAUCAAAAGUAUUUUAGGAUCGACUUUGGAAGCAGAUCCUCCUUGAAUCCCAGUAUAAUCCCCCACCCUGAGCUGCCUGACACCUGGAUCAUCACCGCACAAGCACAACAUCGUAAACCCGUUCCUGGUCGAACUGCCUCAGUCUGGUACGCUGAGCUCGUCUGCAAUGCCGCAUUUUCGGACGACAAGCGAGUCUUGAGCUGUCUGGAGCCACCGCUGCAAUUGCCCAUCCCAGCGACCUUUGGUGACUCCAGCAAGUGUCACGGCGACCUUUCGUUCUUUAGUCUCAGCAUUGGGCCCCACGAUGCAAGAGUAUUCUACGGGCCGGAGAUUCCGUAUACCAUCUACGGCUCCAAUUCGUUCUUUACAUGCUUCGGACAAUGGAUAUCUGACUUUCGAAUCCUGGUGGAUUGGGGAAUAGACACUAUAGCUGAGCACGAAUUCCGGCAGUAUCGUGAGCUUCAACGUCCGAUGCCAUGGAAUCCUAUUGAGAAGAAUUGGUUCAUCUUCUGGGAUGAUUUGGGACAAAUGUUCCUCCACUAUGAAAUUGCGCCGGCACGUGUGUUUUCGAAACUCGAGCUAGAUGGCUCUGUUGGGCCAAAUCUGGCGCUGACAUCCGCUGCUUCUGACCAAAAAUGCCUCAGGCGAUUCUUACCUGAGACGGGAAAGAUUCAUCAAGCGACCAACUCGCUAGCUAUCACUCUAUGUGGACGAUCAGACCAAUUUUGCCAACCUGAUGCAACCAAUACCUUUGUGCUCUUCAUCAUCCAACAAAAGACCGCGCUCGGUCUUCGCCUCGUCUAUGAGCCCUAUGUGGUGCUGAUGCGGCGUUCGGCACCAUUUGAGAUCUAUGCGGUCUCGUCGAAACCACUCUGGGUCUUCGGUCGCAGCACUAAAGUAGAGAAUUCAGACAAAGAUGCUCCCACCGCAUCGCUGGAAGACAUCCCCGAGAUGCUCUACAUGACUAGCAUCAGUUGGAAAAACCAUGGCCAAAAGUACCAUGGGUUCAUCGAUGACACACUGUUCUUAGCUUUUGGCCGGGAGGAUUCAGACGUUGGGGGCAUCGACGUCACGGCGGGGGAUCUUCUAGCAGAGCUGGGUGUGUGCGCAGGAUUCUGA